AUGAAGUCCUCCGGGCUGCCGCUCCCGCCGGUGCUGCUGCUGCUGCUGCUGCUGCCGCGGUCCGUGUCCGGCCUGGCGGCCCCGGGCCCCGAGCUGUACUCGCCGCUGCCGGAGCCUGCGGCCUGGGCCGCCCGCUACUCGGACGACUGCGGCGAGUCGUCUUUUUUGAGCUUCCACGACUCGGACUGCGAGUCGAGAGGAUCGCCUCCUUGUGAAUCUUUGCUUUCACUGAAUACCGAAAAGAUUCUGAGCCAAGCAAAGACCCUGGCCGAACAAAAGAGAUUCCCCUUUGCCACGGACAACGUCAACACGAACGAAGAGCUGGCCAUUGCCUACGUGCUGAUUAGCAGCGGCCUUUAUGAUGAAGCAAUAAGGCAUUUCUCUUCAAUGCUUCAGGAGGAACCGGAGCUCGUCAGUGCAAUCUACGGUCGUGGGAUAGCCUAUGGGAAGAAAGGACUGCACGAUGUCAAGAAUGCCGAGCUUGCCCUGUUUGAGCUGAGCCGAGUCGUCGCUCUGGAGCCAGACCGCCCGGACGUGUUGGAGCAGCGAGCCGAGAUCCUGUCGCCUUUGGGUCGGGUCAACGAAGCCCUGAGUGACCUGACUAAAGCCAUCCAGCUGCAGCCGUCGGCGCGACUGUACCGGCACCGAGGGACCCUGCACUUCAUCUCUGAGGACUACGCAGCAGCUCAUGAAGACUUUCAGCAGUCACUGGACCUGAACCCCAACCAGCCGAUCGCCAUGCUGUACAAGGGUCUGACCUUCUUCCAUCGAGGCCUCCUGAAGGAAGCCGUUGAGUCCUUCAAAGAGGCUCUGAAACAGAAGGCUGAUUUUAUUGAUGCCUAUAAAAGCCUGGGCCAGGCCUAUCGAGAACUGGGCAACUUCGAAGCGGCCACGGAGAGCUUCCAGCGGGCACUGUUGCUCAACCACAAUCACGUGCAGACCCUGCAGCUCCGGGGAGUGAUGCUCUACCACCACGGCAGCCUGCACGAGGCCCUCAAGAGCUUUAAGAGGUGCCUGCAGCUGGAGCCGUACAAUGAAGUGUGCCAGCACAUGAGGGGCCUCAGCCACGUGGCCCUGGGCCAGUUCUACGAGGGCAUAAAGGCGCAGACCAAAGUCAUGUUGAACGACCCCCUCCCAGGUCAGAAGGCGAGCCCUGAGUAUCUGAAGGUGAAAUAUUUGCGAGAGUACUCACGGUAUCUCCACGCGCACCUGGACACACUGCUCACCGAGUACAGCGUCGACGAGGAUCUGCCUGGCGGCUUCAAGGACCAUUGGGCCAAGAACCUGCCCUUCCUCAUAGAUGACUAUGAGGAGCAGCCGGGCCUCCAGCCCCACAUCAAGGACGUGCUGCCCCAGAACUUUGACAGCUAUAAGCUUGAGGUGCAAGAGCUGAUUUGUGCGGCUGAUCGCCUGGGGUCCCUGAUGCAGUAUGAGACUCCAGGAUUCCUGCCCAACAGGAGAAUCCACAGAGCGAUGGGGCUGGCAGCGCUGGAGGUGAUGCAGGCGGUGCGGCGCACGUGGGCCAACUCCAAGGUUCGGACGCACGGAAAGACCCGGCUGAUGCAGUGGAGAGACAUGUUUGACAUCGCAGUCAAGUGGCGCAGGAUCGCAGACCCGGACCAGCCCGUGCUGUGGCUAGACCAGAUGUCGGCUCGCAGCCUCAGCCGGGGCUUUAACAACCACAUCAAUCUCAUCAGGGGUCAGGUGAUCAACAUGAGAUACCUGGAAUAUUUUGAAAGAAUACUUCACUUUAUCAAAGACAGGAUCCUGGUCUACCACGGGGCCAACAACCCCAAAGGCCUGCUAGAGGUCAGAGAGGCCCUGGACAAGGUGCACAGGGUGGAGGACCUCCUGCCAGUGAUGAAGCAGUUCAACAGCAAGACGAGGGACGGGUUCACGGUGAACACAAAGGUGCCCAGCCUCAAGGAUCCGGGGAAGGAAUACGACGGAUUCACCAUUACCAUAACAGGAGAUAAAGUUGGCAAUAUAUUGUUUUCAGUGGAGACUCAGACCACGGAGGAAAGGACCCACCUCUAUCAUGCGGAAUUAGAUGCUCUAUACAAAGACCUGACCACCAAGGGGAAAAUUCUGAUUCUUUCUUCAGAACUCGGGGAGGCAGAUGUGGUUUGCAACCUAAUCCUGUCCUUGGUUUAUUACUUUUAUAAUCUGAUGCCGCUCUCCAGGGGCUCCAGUGUCAUAGCUUAUUCAGUCAUCAUGGGAGCCUUGAUGGCAAGUGGAAAAGAAGUUUCCGGAAAGAUUCCCAAAGGAAAGCUGGUUGACUUCGAAGCCAUGACCGCUCCCGGUUCGGAGGCGUUCGGCAAAAUGGCAAAAAGCUGGAUGAGCUUGAAAAGCAUCUCCCCGUCCUACAGGAGCCUCCCGGCUGUGGCGGAGACCUUCCCAACCCUGCGCAGCAUCCUCGAAGUCCUCAACACAGACUCGUCUCCGCGCUGCCCGAAGCAGCUCUAGCAGCUCCUGCCCAUCCGGGCCGCGAAGGAUGGGUCCUCUGGCUUCCUAAAUUAUUUUUCUAAAAGUGAGAAACAAAAGAGGAAUCA